AUGAGCAUGCUUUGGCAAAGCCAAGGUUUCUUUUCUUGUGGUACCAUUUGUUCUCGUGUUCAGACCUCAGAUGGGAUGGAGUAUGCACUCAAAGACUGUUGGGUCGCUGAGGACAAGAAAAACCACGAGGUGACCAUUCUCAAGAUGGUUGAAGGAAUCCCAAAUGUAGUCAAGCUUGUGGCCCAUUGGAAUGUCCUCUAUGAUGGGGAGCCAGACUGCACAUAUCAUAUUCGAGCUUCCCAUGGUGUUUGUACCUCUGGGUUUAUUCGCAGAUUCCACCAGCACCUUCUGUUGACCCCCUGUGGAGAACCACUUGUGCUCUACUCCUCAAAGCUUGAGCUGUUGAGAGCCUUCCAUGACUUUGUCUCAGCUUAUAGUUUAAUGCUCACAAGUCACGUCCUCCACAGAGACUUGAGUCCAAAUAAUUUUAUCAUCCAUGAUGGACAAGGUUAUUUUAUUGACUUUGAUCAUGCUCGCAUGAUUGCGGAAGGCACUGUUAGUGUUCCUUCAGAGGGCAUGGGUAUGGCCCUAUAUGUCAAUUCAUCUUCUCCAGGAGGGUAUUGCAAAGGGUGCAAAGAUCCAACACACAGCAAGUGA